ACAGGUACUGAAUCAGAUCAGAGCUCCACGAAUCUGAGGAUUGUUCUGAUUGGAAAGACCGGUUGUGGAAAGAGCUCUUCUGGAAACACAAUUCUGGGACGUAAAGCCUUUAAAGCCGAGUCCAACCCCAAAUCAGUCACAAAACGUUGUCAGAAAGAAGAGUGUGUGGUGGACGGUCGUCCUGUUGCUGUCGUCGACACUCCUGGUUUAUUUGAUGACAGUUUGAGCCAUGAACAAGUUAAUGAUGAGACUUUGAAAUGUAUGAGUCUCCUGGCUCCAGGUCCACAUGUCUUCCUGCUGGUGUUACAGAUCGGAAGAUUCACUCAAGUGGAGAAAGAGACUUUGAGAUUAAUAAAGGAAGGCUUUGGGAAAGGUUCAGAAAAGUUCACCAUCAUUCUUUUUACAUAUGGGGAUACAUUGAAACAUAAUGAGCAGACAAUCGAGGAAUACAUAAGAAAAGAUCAAAAUCUGUUAGAGAAGCUCAUUUCUGACUGUGGAGGAAGAUACCAUGUGUUUAAAAACUAUGACAAACAGAACCAAACACAGGUCAGUGACCUGAUUAGAAAGAUCGACAGGAUGGUGAAGGAAAAUAACGGCUGCUUCUACACCAAUGAGAUGCUGCAGGAGGCUGAAGCUGCCAUCCAGAAAAAAACAGAGAAGAUUCUCAAGGAGAAGGAAGAAGAGAUGAAGAGAGAGAGGGAGGAACUUAAGAGAAAGUAUGAGGAAGAUAUGCAAGAAAUGAAAAGAAAAAUGGAAGAAGAAAAAGAAAAACUAAAAGAGGAAGCAGAAUGGAAACUGAAGGAAAUGAAAGAGAAUAUUGAUAAAGAGCAUAAACAGAGAGAGAGGGAGCGGGAAGAGAGAGAAAAGGAAAAGAGGAAAAGAGAAACCGAUGACAAAACUCAUCGACAGAAUUUGAUGCAGCAGCUUGAAGAUCUGGACAAACAAAUUCAGUCAGAGAAAGAGGAAAAGAAGAGUGUCAACAGAGAGCUGGAAAGGAUCAGAGAAGAGAAGGAGAAAGAUAAAGAGGCUUGGGAAAAAGAACGCAAAGAAUGGUGGGAGAAACAAAAAGAGGAGGAAGAAAAGAGAAAAGACAAAGAGUUAAGAAAACUGAGAGAACUUGAGGAGCAGUACAAGAAGGAACAUGAAAGAUAUGAAGAGGAAAGAAAGAAAGAAGAACAAAUCAGAAGAGAACAAGAAGAAAAAGAACGAAAGAUUUUAGAGGAAAAGCUGAAACGACUUCAAAAGGAAUACAAAGACAGAGCGAGAGAGGAAGCUGUCAAGUCAAACGAAUUCCAGGAGAAGUAUAAGAAGGAGUUUGAAGCACAAAAGGAGGCGCUUAAGGAGCAAAUGAAGGACAAGGAUGAGAAGUAUGACCUGUUGAAGGCACUGGCCGCACACAAGGAAUCAGAAAAGAGGAAACAACAUCAGCUUCAAAUUAGUAAUUUAGUGAACUGUGUCUCCCAGAAGAGAGAAAAUAUAACAGCAGUUAAAGAUUUACUGACAAGACAUGAGGAAGAAUUAAAGCAGACCAAAACAGAGACGGAAAAAGGAAAAAUGCUUAAAAAUCAUGAAACUGAAAUAAGUGAACUGGUGGAGAAACUUCUUAAGGAAGCUGAGACAAAAUCCUCUUGUCCAAUUUUAUGAGGAGAAUUGUUUGUCAUGCCUCUGCAAGCUAAAAAUUAGUUUUCUACAUUUUUGAAAACACCUACAUAUCUGUGUUAUGAACAUUAGACAAGUGUUCUUC